CCGCCUACUCAGUUCGAUCCCUGCCGGCGGGCAGUUGGGUCUCUGCAGAAGCCGAAGGGGAAGUGCCCGCCCAGUGUCCGUCUCGGAGCCUCGUUUCAGCACCAAGGACCAGCUCCGAGGCUGGAUUUUCUGAGAGGAAGGACUACAGUUCAGGCACAGCAAUGGCAGCCAAGGAGUGUGUCUCUUCCAAAGAGAUCCCUGUAGGGUCUUCAAUAGGUUUGGCCCUCCCUGGAGUCUGUGAAGAGCUGAGCAAGUCCUUUCCCUGGAUCAACAAGAAAAGGAAAAGUGGCCUUUCCAGGCUCUGCAGGAAUAAAGGAUGUUUGUCUGAAAAUGGAUGGAAUUCCUAUUGCUUAUCUUCAUUAGCUGCCCGGAACAUCUGUACCAGCAAACUUCAGUCUUGGACUCAUUUGGAUACUGGUUCCCUUUCCUGUUCGAUAUGCAGCACUUCUUCUUGUUCUCUCUUAAAUGCUUUGGCGAUGGGAGAAUCCACCCACACUCUGCCAUCUGCUGUGCGCAACCCAAACAAAGCCAUCUUCACCGUGGAUGUUGGAACAACAGAGAUUCUAGUGGCAAAUGACAAAGCCUGCAAGCUUCUUGGUUAUAGUACUCAGGAAGUGAUCGGUCGGAAAUUAUCUCAGAUGAUUUCAAAAUCAAAUUGGGAUUUAGCAGAAGUGCUGAAAGAAGAACAUAAUUCUGAAGAAUAUGGAGCAGUAGUUCCUGGAACAGUGGUAGAUGUUAUUUCCCAUAGUAAUGAAAAGAUUCCUGUUUCUGUAUGGAUGAGAAGGAUGAAAACCCAUGGCAAUCAGUACUGUGUGGUUGUUUUGGAGCCUGUGGAAAAACUCUCUGCCUCUGUUUUCUUCACAAGCAAUGGAGAGAUUACUUCCUGUGACCCUCUGUUUGCUCAUCUCCAUGGGUACUCAUCAUCGGAAGAUGUGAUUGGUCAUUACGUAACAGACCUGAUUCCUUCUAUUCAAAUUCCUCCACCUGGCAAGAAAAUCCCAAAGAAUAUCAAGAUUCAAAGGUCUGUUGGCCGAGCAAGGGAGGGGACAACAUUUCCACUAAGCCUGAAACUGAAAGUGAGCUUUCCUGCUGCAGACGCUACCGCAGUAUUGGAUGACCCUGCACCAGUACUUGAUGCUGAAAGUUUAGAAGAUGGCACACCACCUUUACCCAUGGAGUGUUCUUUCUGUGCUACCAUCUGGGUGUUCACCACCAUUAGUGGGUUAAUAACAGUUCAGGCAGAUGGUACAAUUUACGGAAUCAACAACACAUUUUCGUUAAUGCUGUUUGGCUAUGAGAAGAAGGAGCUGCUUGGGAAGAACAUCACAUUCUUGAUCCCUAGUUUUUUCAGCUACAUGGAGAGAGCUGAUGACUCUUCUUUGCCAUUACCACUUAUUGAUCGUGUGGAUUCAGAAAAUGCAAGCUCCUCAGGUGACUUUAAAGGAACCCAGUCAGAUGGCUGUUGUACAGUGGAAGGUAGGGAAGACGCCAGCCCCCUGAUUGAUGGAGAUAUGGUUUUGCUGAGCUCACAAGAACCGCAGUGUAAACUAUCAAAGAGUGAUGGAACAGAAUUCCAUAUUAGGGAAACCCAGCUGAAGAGUGGAGGUAGCUUGCCCUCUGUUCUGUCAUAUCCUCCAGAAGCAUCCACACCAUUUAAUGGCAAAGACUGUAUGUCCACCAAUGAUAUGCCAGCGCAUGAUAAAAUUCUGCCUUCUGAGAGAUCACAUGAUGGCGGCUGCCCUGAGACAGAAACAACAAAGCCUGCCAAUUCUCAGCAGUCUGAAAUGCAUUCUCUAAAACGCUUUCAUUCAGAACCAUGUGGCUUAGGUCAAGGUAGAACUAAACUGUUGCUUAACAAUCUUGCUAGAAGCGCUUCUGACCUAGUUUGGGAAGAAAAAGAUGGCCCUCUGGAUAUACACAGUUCUAGUUCCCCUCAUGAAGUCAUGAAGGGCCAAUCUGCCACUCCAUCUCUGGGAAGAGAGAGGUCUGUUGAACGCUUAAUAGAAAACCUAGAACCUGAGGCAAGUUUGCCUUGUGAUGUUGUGCAGAUGUCAUUUGGGACUCCCACUUUGGAUGAGCCGAUGCACAGCAGAACAUCUACUUCCAAACAUGUACCUAGGGAGAAGGAUCAUCCGUCACAGGUAAAUCUGACAAGUAACCCCCAAAGUUGCAGCUUUGGAAAUACUGCACUAGAACAUUCAGCAAAAGACUCAUCUGCUUUCAUGCCUGAUGAAGAAAGUAGCAGUAGCCAUCCUGCUCCUGCACAAUCAUUAAUACCUUGUGAUACCUCUGCAUCAGCAGUUGUGGAUGAAAACAAGCUAGGCAAUGAGGUGGAUUCCGUUUGUUGUGACUUGAUGGGUCUAGCUCUGAGGAUUAGUGCAGAGGAGGAUUCAGAUUCAUCUGCUGCCUCUGAACCAAUAAAAACAUCCUUGUUCAAUAAGGAAGAACUUGGACAGGCUUUGGACCAGGCAAACAAUCCUUCUGCUAAUGAUCAGGCAGGGUUCCUGCAAAGAGUUGGUUCUCCAAUAGGCUGUCAGAAAAGCUUAGUCUCAAACAACUGUUCAGAGCAUCCUAAUGCAGAUUUUUCUGGAUGUUCAGAGGUUCAAUGUGCUGCAGAGAGCAUGGGGGAUCAUCUGGAAAGACUUUCACUGAACAAUGAUAUUCGUUCCCAGGAAGAAUUCAUGCCAUUAAAGCAGCAGAAUGUGACACAGGUAACAUCAACACCUGUGAAACAAGGAGCUGUGCUGUCUCCGGCUACUAAUUUGAAUGCUGAAAUCUUAGAAGGCAGCUAUUCGGGUAAUUGUUACCACCGAGAUGGUUCCCAACUAGGUAUCCUGUUUGAAGUGAAGCGUGUGGAACUGCACGACCCUGCUGCUCUCUUCUGUAUUUGGGUUAUGAAAGACCUCUUCCAAAGCCAGAAACAAGCAGCAGCAAAGACACAGUUGCUUAUUUCCAGUUUGGCCAGUUCCUCCCAGACUCUAGGUGGCAUGUCUGCGCUUAGCUUGGGAGAAUUGAUCAAAACAACACCUUUGUUUGAGAAUUCACGAAGAGCUGAAGAGUUAGAACGGCUGAGGGCUUGCGAAGGAGAUUAUGGAAAGAAAUAUGACACACUUCUCCUCAUUGGCAAAGGAGCUUUUGGAUUUGUCUGGACAGCUAGGUGCAAAAUGGAUCAAAAGGAGGUUAUAGUGAAGUUCAUUUGGAAAGAGAAAGUAUUGGACUGCUGCUGGGUAGAUGAUCCCGAGCUGGGGAACAUAACUCAGGAGAUUGCAAUUCUGUUAAAGCUGGAGCAUCCUAAUAUUAUUAAGGUGCUGGAUGUGUUUGAGAACCAUCACUUCUUCCAGCUUGUGAUGGAAAAGCAUGGGUCAGGCUUGGAUCUCUUCACAUUCAUUGAUAACCAGCCCAGUGUGGACGAGCCUUUGGCAAGUUACAUAUUCAGACAGCUGGUAUCUGCAGUGGGCUAUCUGCGAUGUAAGAAUAUCCUUCACAGAGAUAUUAAGGAUGAAAACAUCAUCAUUGCUGAAGAUUUCAGCAUCAAGCUGAUUGACUUUGGCUCAGCUGCUUACCUGGAACCCGGCAAGCUGUUCUACACCUUUUGUGGGACAAUUGAGUACUGCUCACCAGAAGUGCUCUCAGGCAAUCCGUACCUAGGACCAGAACUGGAGAUGUGGUCACUUGGCAUCACCCUUUAUACCAUAGUUUUUGGAGAAAAUCCUUUUUGUGAGCUGGAAGAAACUAUGGAUGCUGUACUCAGACCUCCUUACAAUGUCUCAGAUGAACUUAUGAAUCUCCUGUCUGGGCUCUUGCAGCCUUUUCCAGAAGAUCGCACAACUCUUGAAGAGGUAGUGGAGGAUCCUUGGGUGACACAACCUGUGAAUCUGGCUAACUACACCUGGGAGGAAGUGUAUGCCACUGUCAAGCCUGAAACCAGCCAUUUCAGGGCUCAUUCCACUGGCUGUAGUCAUGGUGGCAUCUGGACUGUCACAAGCCUGGAGAGCGAGCAGAGCUUUGAUGAUGCGAGUAGCCAAGAACUGUUGGCUCCCCAGCUGGCAGGAACUGUCACAUCUACAGACCAAGAGCCAUCAACCUCUGUCCAUUGUCACAACUAGUGAAAGCUAGUUGUGUCUGGAUAAUCCUCACCUAGCCCACGAUGAGCAUCCAUUACACUUCUAGACAUCAAAAUAUGGGCAUCUCAUUUUCAUAGUGCUUAUGCAUGAAAAAUUCACUGCACACAAGCUCAAACUGCACUGCAGAUAUACUACAUAAAAUUAACCAAUUAACAGUGUGAUUCAAACACACAUGACAAUUAACCAUGUGAUUCAAACCUACACUUGUGCAGUGAGCCAUGGAAAGGCAGGAGCUGGUGAGCCCCAUGGCCCUCCAAGAGAGGGUCCAGAUCCUUAUCUGCUUCAUUGGCCUCGUCAACAAAGAACCUAGACUCUGAUCCCUCCUUAAUUCCUAGCAGGAAUAUUUAUAUAAAAAACCUCUGACACUUGCUGGAUUUUUGUGUGUGUAGGCAAUAUGCUAUUGAGACUCCCACACAUGGGUGUCUGUCAGCCCUGGAAGUAGAUCAGCAGGUGCUCUCAGUGGAUGAGUGGCCAUGAUUCCCCACCAUGAAAGCUUGUCAACCUCACCCAUUCUUCAUGGUUACUUUGGUUGUAAUUGCUUUUCCCAGCAGAAGUCUCUGUUGGCAAAGUGGCUUUAGAGUACUGAACUGAUGAGACUGAUUUUCAUUUUUAGGUAUCCCACUAGACUCUUAGAUAUAGGCAUUUUAUACUCCAGGCAAUUUUGAGAUUUUUGAGAAGCCAAAAAGCAUGGAGGCAAAGUUUUAAAAAAUAUGUGCUAGAAGUAGAAAAGUGUAUUAUAAAACCAGCAUCAUUGUGAGGCUUCACCUCUCUGCUUUUUGGUGUCCUGAUGCUGCCACUUUCCCCCCCACCUCAAGUGUAUAUGUAGGGGGGAAGCCAGAAUCUGAGAUCUUCUGUAUCUUUUUAUCUUCUCACUGGAAAACCGGAAGUGAUGCUGGAGAGCAUGAUUUGGGCAUGUACACUGGGACAUCUGAUAAUGUGAAUUAAUUGUUGGUCAAACUGAUAAGGCGUUUCCUGGGAAGGAUUUCUGAAGGCUAUAAAAUACAAAAUGCCUCCUGUUAGGGCGAGCAUCCUGCAGUUUGGUACUGCUGCCAUUCAGAUCAAGGAGGUGUUAACCUGGGCCUCUGGCACUUGGUGCCUUAGCUUCUUGGAAGAUCCUGCUUCAGAGUCACCAUAUCGAAGGUGACAUCUUGCAGUUGGUAGAGUAUGAGAGCGAGUAUUCUCUGAAGACCAAGAAAUAAGACAGCUUUUCUAGUGUUUUAUUCAGCUAUUGCACUUAGAAUAUUUGCUGUUCUAUAUACAUUACUAUAAGAACAAACCAUUGUUACAAUAUGUUCUCUUUUGAAAUCUUUGUUGAAACACUACAUUGAUUAUUCAAAUGAACUGAACUUAAGCACAACACAAUCAUUUUCCAUUACUGGCUAUAUUGGCUAACUUGACAGGUGUGCACUCUGAAAAGAGCUGGUACACUUAUAUUUUGGUUGCAACACAUCCAGAAUGUAGGAGAUUAAAUAAUAUUAUCUUCAAAUUAUUCUUCAUAAAAUAAGCCUUGCUGUUUUUGUUUUCUUUUUACUGAGCCCCAGGUUUAGAGGUUGAUUCUGUGGAGCACAUUUCCAAUUCUAUGCUGGCUGUAUGACAAAGUUCUAGCUAUCAAUCAGUCUGUGCAAUAAAGAGGUAUUUGGAAACUCUUUACAUGUGUGUAGACACGUGGGACGUUUGGUAGGCACCUCCAAGACAGUAAUUAACAUAUUUUGUCUGUGAAGAUGCACACUCAUGUCUAACUUGAUGUUUAUUCUUGGUGGACUUUUUUAUUGGACAAACAAUUUAAACAUUAAAGAGACUUGUUCCAGGAAAUAAUUAUGGCUAGGCGAAAAUAAAACCCUAACCCCGAGAGAGCCUACUGGAGGAUGCUGCUUCUUUGGAGCAAAAUAAUUUUGACAUAUUGUGAUUUGUCAGACACCUUUAAACUUAUUGCCCAGAUGAACCUUGAGUUUUUACUGUAGGCUGCGCUGUAAAACAUUAAAGAACAUUUAGAAUAUAAAGUAUA